AUGGGAGCAGGCAAGUCAAAAGCAUCCAAGGUAACAACCAACAGUAAAUCAUCAACGCCCAACUCUAGCAAUAAACAACAGGCAGAAGUAUUGCGAAUAGUUGAAACUCCCAUCUAUCAAUAUACUCAUGGUGAUUUUAUAAUUCUAAUGAAAUAUUUGGAGGUUCCACAGGAUUUAUUCGAAAGGUUCGAAACCAUACUAAACUCUACGAAUUUGAUAUUUGGUGGUUUAAAAUUUAAAUCUUUGCAUCAAUCGAUACAUAGAAAUGAUCAGACAGAAGUUUCGUGUGAAAGAAAGAGAAUCAUCAAGCAAUGUCGUAAAUUAUUAAAAGAAUACGAAGAAGUUCAAGUUUCCGAUGAUGAAUUAAAUAUAUUCUUUGAUAGAGUAAUAAUUGCCAAGAUCAAUAGAGAUUAUGAACGUUCCAAGAAUUUGAAAGAAACACCAUAUUCCAAAUUAGAAACUUCCCUCAACCCAAGCCAUUCCAUUAUUGCAAAACAAGUUGACUGGGAAUCCCUCUCUCAAGAUCAUUUACAAUUAUUCUCAGAUGAAAUGUUAACUAAAAAGGAAAAGAAAGCAGUUGAAUUUUGUGCUAAAAAAUUGGAGGAAGCUAAAAUUGUGGCUGAAGUACAGAAUUGGGUUUGUGAAGAUCGAUUCUUGUAUGAAAAUUUCUACCUCCCAAUUAGACACACUCCAGAGAGAAGAUCUUUGGAAACUCCUGCUGGAAUGUCUGUAAAGUUGGUCAUUUCAGAGAUUGGAAAUCAAAUUAAUAAGAAGAUUGGUAUUGCUGGGACACUGAUACCUGCUACUUUUGGAAUAUUCCAUGUUGGUUUGAUAAUUGGACAGUGGCAAUUGGAUUGGUACAAUGAUUCACUUGUUUCUGUUAGGAAUAAGUUUAUUACAACAAAUGCCAUUGCAGUGAUUGAUUUGGGCAUGCUGAAUGAUAGUAGAGAUAUAAUGGAGGCAUUCAAAUCGAUAGCUUCGAUCUGUUGCUUGUUCAAUGGAACGAAAAAUUAUAAUCCCUUGCUGUGUAAUUGCCAACAUUUCGUUUCGAGAAUUUUAAAAUCAAUCUCAAUGAGAAUGGAAAAGAAUGCAGCUAUUCAAGGCUAUUUGAAGGAUAUCAAGAAAGGAAAAGGAAGAGUCUAUCAUUACACAAAGGAAUUGAAAGAUAUUGUUUCACACUCUCCAGUUUCAAAGUAUUCUGCAAUGGAACUCAUUGAAUUUGAUAAGAGAAGUGAAGUGAAUGAUUUUUGUCAUUGGCUUAACGGAUUGGGAUAUUUUGAACUUGAUGCAGGAAAGCAAGAUUACAGAUUAUUGAAGGCAUUCGAUCGAUCUUUUCACAUUGCAGGAGUUGAGCUAUCAGGCACUGGCUUUGUUCCCUUCUUUGCAGAGAAUGAAAAAUUGGCAGAAAUUACAUUGGAAAAGCCGAGAUAUAAUGUAGGAGAUAUGGACAUUACACAAAUGAUACCCAAGAGAAUUAGUGAUAUUAACUAG